CAGAAAAGAGAACAGAUGUCCUUUAGAGGGGACCAGGCUAAUGCCACAUGUUGGUGACAGGUACAACACAUGCUGGCACUGAGGAUGGAGCAACGAGGAAGAAAAGAGAGGAGAGAGAGGAACAAGAUGGAGUUAUCAUGAGACAGAGGGAAAGGUAGAAAGAAAGAAAAUAGAAAGAGCAAAGGAGAGAGAGGGAUAGAAAGAGAGAGAUAGAGACCCCAUUUCAGUCUGAUAGCCCUGCUCACACAGACGACAGCGGGCACCCCCUCCUUCCCUCCCACCCGUUUCAGUCUGAUAGCCCUGCUCGCACAGACGACAGCAGCACCCCCUCCUUCCCUCCCACCCUUUUCAGUCUGAUAGCCCUGCUCGCACAGACGACAGCAGCACCCCCUCCUUCUCUCCCACUUGCACAGAAAUACCAUCACGACCCAAUUUGUUUGCUUCCCAGAGGAGAGGAAACCCCUGCCAGCGACUGGACAGGUACUCUUAAUGCUUCGCCUCGGGACUCACACCUCAUCAUCCCCACUCAAUGUCACCCUGCAGUCCUUCGCCUUCCGAGCCUUAGAACCACGGACCGUCAUCUAUUAUCACCUCGUUUUUCAUCUGCGACUCACCAACCAGCGCCCCACGUCACUUCUCUCCAGCCCAACAUGAGAAAGGGACUCCAGGCCAGCCAGGCUGCUCACACAGGGCAGUGGGACGAGCAGAGGCACCACGAGCAGCGGCUGGGGAGGGCAGAGAAAAAGUUAGCAGCCUUCUGGUUGUCCUUGUCGCAGAGGACGUGGACGUUUUUCAGGCCCCGCGGCGGCAAAUGCACCGGCUGCUUCCAGCGGAGCUCCUCGGCAGCUCGCCUACUGAAGAGCGAAGCGUGAGGACUGUGUGUGUGAGUGUUUGUGUCUGUCUGUCAGCGGCGGGUGUCAGAAGAGUCCUGGCAGACACCCCUAUCUGGAGGACCCAUAUCUGCGUGUGUAUGUGACCUCCAUCCCAAAGGUCAAAGGCAGUCUGUCGUUCUUCAGCCUUCUCCACCAUUGGCAUUCUUUCUUGGUUGUGUUAUCUUAGCAACGUUGACUAAAGAUGGAAGGACAAGCUGUCAUUCUAAUGUCAUUCUCAUUCAGAAGGACAAACAAACUGUCAUUCUAAAGUCCCUGAAAUACGUCGAGCCCAGUGGAUCGGUUGAAGAGCGUUUGCCGAUUUUCUGCUGUCGACUGGAAGGAAUCUCCCCAUUCACUAAACUAAACUAUCAAAGAGGAGACCAUACCACAGAGAAGACAUUAGUGGUGGAGAUUGGUGUGAAAAAGGGCAGCUGUCACUCCCUUAACCCCUACUGGGGACUUUCCAGAUGGGGUAACUGCGACCUGCGGAGACCAUGGUGGUCACCCAUUUAGAGCUAGAGCUGUGCUACCAGGGGAAGAAGCUGAGGGGCUUCACCUGUAAGCUGACCCGCUCCCCACAUGGCUAUCUGCCUGAGAGUGCCUGGCUCAUCUUGGCUCAGAUCCUACUGCCCUACCUGGUGGCCGGCCUGGGCAUGGUGGCGGCAGGCAUAGUCAUGGACUUGGUUCAACAUUGGGAAGUGUUUAAGGAGAUCACAGAGGUGUUUAUCUUGGUGCCAGCCCUGGUGGGACUGAAAGGCAACCUGGAGAUGACACUGGCAUCCAGACUGUCUACAGCAGCGAAUACUGGGCAGCUGGAUGAUCCAAAGCAGCAGUGGAGGAUAGUGUGUAGCAACCUGGCUCUCAUUCAGGUCCAGGCCACAGUGGUGGGUUUCCUGGCUGCGGUAGCUGCAGUGGGUUUGGGCGCGAUGACCAGGGGUCGUGUAGACCUGCUGCAGGCUGCUGUUUUAUGUGCCAGCAGCAUCACCACAGCCUUUGUAGCUGCCCUGUCAUUGGGCCUGGUGAUGGUGGGAGUGAUCAUUGGCUCAAGGAAGGUGGGCAUCAACCCUGACAACGUGGCCACGCCCAUCGCUGCCAGCCUGGGUGACCUCAUCACCCUCUCUCUGCUGGCUGGGGUCAGCAGCUUCCUCUUCCGGUUUAAAGAGAUGUGGUACCUGCCUGCUCUGGUGUGUGGCUUUUUCCUGGUUCUCAUUCCGCUGUGGGUGGUCAUUGCCCGGCAAUCUCCUCCAGUCAGAGAGGUGCUGAGGUCUGGGUGGCAGCCCGUCAUCAUGGCCAUGUCCAUCAGCAGUAUUGGGGGCCUGAUACUGGAUAAGACGGUGAGCGACCCGAACUUUGAGGGCAUGGCGGUGUUCACUCCCGUAAUCAACGGUGUGGGAGGUAACCUGGUAGCCAUCCAGGCCAGCCGCAUCUCCACCUACCUACACUACUGGAGUAUGCCAGGGACCCUGCCCUUCCCGAUGACACAACACUGGCCUGGGCCCUGCCUGACCUUCUGCUCCUCAGGGGUCAACUCCAAGUCAGCGAGGGUUCUAGUCUUCCUGGUAGUUCCGGGUCACCUGCUUUUCCUCUACACCAUCCACUUACUGAAUGGCGGCCAUGGCGCCCUCACGCCUGCCUUUGUCUGCCUCUACCUGUGUGCGGCCCUGCUACAGGUUGUGAUACUGCUGUACCUGGCUGACCUGAUGGUGCGCUGGAUGUGGCGGAGGGGGCUGGACCCGGAUAACUACUCUAUCCCGUACCUCACGGCUCUGGGGGAUCUGUUGGGGACCGGCUUCCUGGCCCUGAGCUUCAGGGCCAUUCAAUCUAUACCAGCCCACCAUGUCUAGUGCGACUGAAAUUAAGAUAUAACAACGUGGCCUACACACUGUAGUUUCACAGGCCUCCGACAACCACCAAGCUUGACUUCACAUACGGUCUCUUGGCUCCACAGCAGCCCUGUUUAUGCCUGCCAUUAACAUGCGUCCUUCGUCCUGAUCUUGUCCAUUUACACUUAUAAGAUCUGAUCACAAUGCGUCUUUUAAAAGUCUACACAAUCAGAAUGUGGAAAAGAUCAGGGAAAAGGCGUCAUGUUAGAACCAGGUAUCAACAGGGCUUAAGAAAUGAAUGCUGCUAAGGGAGUACCUGUAUACUGUAGCUCGACAGUCUUUCAGCGCCCAGUUACCACAUAGAAGCUACCUGUUGAGAUGUGAACGCUUUAAACGCUUUAAUGGUAAAAUGGUAAAUGCACUGUACUAAAGCAAUAAUAUUGUCUGCGCUUGUUUGUUUGCUGACUGUCUAUACAUUUAUCUUCAUUCUCAAAAAUGGUUCACUUGUGAGUUUAGUCACAAUAAAUGUACUAAUGCACUCACGGGAUAAACACACUAUAAACCAAUAGAGGACAUGGGAUUAAUCCAUGUGUCACAAUUUCAAUGAUCGACCACUGCUACUUUCAUUUGUGCCUCCAAACCAUUACUGUACAAACUACGGGAGUCAUGUGGGGCCUUUUAAGUCAAUUAAUAUAUACUUUUAAAAACAGCAUCUUUGAUGCUCUGCAAUGACACAAACAAUAUAACUUUCACCAAAGAUUUCAACAGUUAGAAUCAUGUUUUCAAUUGUACAUGUUGACUUAGUAUGUAUGUUACUGUGUUAACAAUAGUCUGAUUGUACCUAGAGAGCACUUGCUCACUUGCUCUUAUUUUAGUAACCCAAUUUGUAUCAAUGUGUUCCAUUGUUGGAGUAAAACCAUUCACAUACAAUGCCUGUCUUCCAUUUUAUGACCCCACAUAUCUUACAGUAGAAUCAAUGCAUGUCAUGUGAUUUUACAAAACAGAUCAAUAAAAUGUGACCUCACCACCAGCAACAUUCAAACACGUCCUUGUGACAACCCUGCAUUUCAACACCACGGUACCCAGGCCGAUC